CACACUUAUAUCCAUCCAACGUCUCAUCAUUGAUGCCAAUCGACUCUCAAGAGAUCCAGUCAUCCGUUUAUUACGACACCACUCCAAGCGCUACUAAUCUUAAUGGAGAUAAUCGGUCCACUCCUCUGGACCACAAUGGCUAUGAAAUGACCAAUACUUACAACCCGUCCAGUCUUGUCGUUCCGUCGGGUAUCGGAGCGGCAUUGAUAUCAUCGAUGGCAACGCUAACGAAUGGAAGCGAACCCAUUCCCGAAUUGGGCUGUUCUGCAGCUAUUUAUGGCUCAGAUAUCAAUGAUUUGGUUUACGUCAACAACGCUUCCGCACAACUGUCCCAUCAAAACAGUUCGGAGUACUUAUUGACUGACUUAUUAUCCGAAGAAGACUUGCAUUUGAUUGAGAUGUCGACCGCUAAUAACCAAUCGUUAUCUCAUUAUCAUUUGCCGUCUCAUCACUACAAUCAACAUCACAACCAAACUAUUGUCACCAACACUACUGAAGAUAUUAUGGACGCCAGCAGUGAUUCAGCCGUUUCUUCCAUGAGCUCCGAUAGGAUUCACUCGCUUUCAGAUAAUGAGUGGAUCGACUCGUGUUCGGAGACGUCUUCACACAACGGCGACCCAAAUCAUAGCGAAUACACCACUCGAAUGACUCCCAAUGGCUAUCGUUUGUGUCACACAAACAGCGCUCAAAAGAAGUAUAAAUUAUUUGGUCGACGGACUGAAUGUAAGGAAGAGGACUACGAAUGUGUUGAGAGCUCGCGAGGACUCGACACAAAUCAACUGCAGGCCAAUGGCUCCUAUUCUGAUGGCUAUAACAGCUUGUCUGACAACUAUUGUUACACUGAUUUGUCGCCACAAACACAACAGAAUCACAAUCUGUUAAUGAAUGGGCCGUCAGUGUCAUCGGUGUCUCACAACCACACGUAUCACAUGCCGAGCGGACACAACCCAGAGAUGAAUGGCGUUCCCUCUGUUUCGGCCGCCGAUGCCAUGGCUGCCAUUCACGAGCAAUGGGCCAACUCUAAGGCCAGUUGUGCGGCGAGGAGUUCACGAAAAUACAGUUCUGAUGGCGAGGGUCUCAGCGAAGAGCAGCUGCAGCUCAAUAGGGAUGAGAAACGUGCCAAAGCUCUCCGCAUUCCGAUCCCAACCCAAGAUAUUAUUAAUCUGCCGAUCGAUGAGUUUAACGAAAGAUUAGCUAAAUAUGAGUUAAAUGAGGCGCAGCUCUCACUCAUCAGAGAUAUUCGCAGACGAGGUAAGAACAAAGUCGCGGCACAAAACUGUCGGAAGCGAAAGUUGGAUCAAAUACUGGGUCUACAGCACGAAGUGGACGGUAUGUUCUCACAGAAGCACUCACUGGAGACACAACACGACCAGCUCUUGAUGUUACGUGAGAUGGCGAGAGAGAAGUACUCAAAGCUCUAUCAUUUCAUUGUGGAGGCGUCGGCCACUCAACACAACCUCUACGGCUCAUCCAUAUGUCCGCCCGAUUACCCGCACCGACCCUUCGAGCAACAGCAACAUAUGGACGCCGAUCGUCAUAACUCUUUGAUUGUCACAAAUUGUAGCGAUUCUGACGUAAGGAUUACUUCAUUGGGCGAAAUGCAACUGAAUUUUCAAAACGAAAAAUUUGAUAAAAAUGAGUAG